AAAACAAAUGAUUCACAUGUUAUCACAAAAUCAUCUACGGCUUUGUAAUGCUGAGCUCCGCUGAUAAUUAAAAAGACAAUAUCCGUCAACAAGAAUCCAUCCGUAACAAGUUCAUACGUUAUAAAACCAGUGUAAGUGUACUGUUUCUUAAUUGCCUCAAGGUAAAGUCUUCACAGUUUGAAUUGGUGUUUUCUCACAAAAUUCUUUAUACAUCAUAAACAUUAACUUUCUGAGUUAUUUAGAGCUGUACAUUUGAAUUCUAAAUUUGUUAUUCUUUCAGUAUUAUGCCCGCACAGCAAACUCAGGAUAUUGCUAUCGUUGGCGCAGGGGUGAUUGGACUUACAACAGCAUGGAUUCUAUGCGAUUUUGGAUUGGGCCCUCGCGUAAAGAUUAUCGCCAAGCAUACACCUGAAGAUCGAUCUGUUGAUUAUACUUCACCUUGGGCUGGUGCAAAUUUCUGCAGUAUCUCAGGUGGUGAUGAAAAAGCCAUACGAUGGGACAGGAUCACCUAUAAUCGUCUUGCUUACCUUGCAAACACUCGUAAAGAAUCGGGUGUGGUCUUUGCGAACCUUCGUGAGCUCUGGGAAUUUGAUCCUAACUUUGAAAAGAUCCGUUCUUGGACUUCUUAUGUUAAAGACUUCGAAGCUCUUCCUAAGGAAGAGCUACCGGAAAACUGUCUUUAUGGCCAUACUGGCACUACGUUUUUGAUAAAUGUUCCUCAAUAUUUAAAUUUCAUUUACAGCAUUUUGAAAGAUUCUGGAGUCACUUUUGUCAAAGAAGAAAUUAAACAUAUUAACGACGUUUUGCAUUAUGUUCCUAACCCGACCGUGGUCUUUAAUUGUCCAGGUGUUUGGGCUUCUACACUAGGAGGUGUAGAAGAUAAAGACGUGUAUCCAACUCGUGGUCAUGUUGUCUGUGUUGAUGCUCCUCACGUCAAGGAGACAAGACUUCGCCAUGGUACAAAUUCUGAUACCUACAUCAUUCCUCGUCCUUUCAACGGUGGUGUCGUUUUGGGCGGUUUUAUGCAAAAGGGCAAUUGGGAUCGUGAAAUUCAUCCUGAAGAUACUCAAGACAUUUUGAAGCGCACUGCUGAACUUAUGCCUGAACUUUUCCAUCACCAAGGUCCCGAGGCCGCAAAGAUCAUCUAUGAAGCAGUCGGCUUUCGUCCCUCCCGUAAUGGUGGUGCUCGCGUAGAAUUGGAUUCCCUUCCAGGUACCAAAUUCCCUCUCGUCCAUGAUUAUGGUGCAUCUGGUACAGGCUACCAGGCUGGGUAUGGCAUGGCUUUCGAUUCAGUGAUGUUAGCCCUUCCCUUUAUCAAUUUAGCUUAGUUUUUUAUCUAUAGUUGCUUUAUGUCUCACAUUGCUUUUCCGUUUACUUGGUUCUAGUUUUUGAUGACGUUCAUUUUAAGUUGUUAAAUUAGUAAUUUCCCUAUCC